GAGCAUCAUGUGAUGUCUCCAACUCAAAAGGCUUAUUUCCACAAUCAACGGUAGAGAUCUAAAGAAAAUGAGAAAACUUGCGCAAUCUUCUUUAAUAUCCGAUAUCUUCUUCCACGAUAAUCCUACUAGAGAUCCAGAAGAAGAGCACACAUGGUUUUUGUAUAAAUUAGAUAAAGCUUUACUUGAAGAACAGAGCAGAAACAGAACACAUCUUCUGUUUUUUGAGGGAAAGUAGAUGGAGAGAAGACAACACUUUCGAAUGUUCUUGGUUUUAGCUCUUCUAUAUCUCAUGAUCUCAUGGAAGCCUGUCCUAAUCACUGCAAGAACUGAGAAAUCAUCAACAGACCACUUUGAAACCAAGGGACAGGAAUUGAAUCAGAUUAGCCACCUGGGACGCAUUGAAACUGAUCCUAAGGGAAGAACAAGGACACGGAAGAUGAUGACCGUUGACGAUAUUAACGAUUAUCCAGGAUCCGGUGCUAACAACCGCCACACUCCUCAUUGUUCUGAUUGCUAAUUCCAUUUUCUUGUAAUCUAGCUUCUAUAAAAUUGUAAUGAUAUGUAUCAAGAUUUAAAGAGCAUGGGGAGUCUUAAUAAUUGAAUAAUCUUAAUCUAAAAGGCUAUGUGAAAAUAUCAAACUUUAGGAAACCCAUGUCUAAAAAGGUGAGACUUUUUUCUUUUU